GUUUUGUUGGGGUGAAGACACUUAUAUCAAUAUGGGAUCGAGAUAUAGGGUAACGAGGCAGUGAGACUUUUUGAAGCAGAAGGCUAAACGAUCUGACGAAUAGAUACAUGUUGUUUAUAUUGCGAACAUCAUAUUCAAAUGAAUUCAAUGUUUCCAUCGACCCAUUAUCCCUUCCCCUGAAUCAAUCUCCUAAACAUCGGAUGGACCCACCCACGUGUUUCAUCGGCCCGUCGCCGCUACACCUCCCUACCGGCAAUUCGACAAACCCCGGAUCGCUGAACCCUCCUCCUAGGUUCUCACAUUAUUUCCCCGAUGAGAGUGGAUGUGAGAUGGAUACUUUGUUUAUUGCAUGUUGAUUUCACUCUAUUUCAGAUUGCUUCUUGCGUCGUUCUGGACCUUUAAUCUAUCUCCAAAAGUACAAAUAUGUCUUGAUUUCUCGUUUCUGUUGUAUCGUUCAUCAUCUCAAAUCAUCUCUCUCUUUACCUUCAGGAUAUAACAUAAAUCUCCAAAGAAAAUCAUCAUGCGUUUCUUCACUUCCAUCCUCAGCAUUGCUGCUUUCAGCACUCUCGCAACCGCAACCCUCGAUCCCGCUACCACCAACACAAAGGGUUACUACCCAGGAUCUCCAGGUUGCACAGCCACCAAAGUCUCCAAAGCCAUCCAAGCCGCCGAAUGCGCAUACAACACCCGUGUCUCCGGUGUCCAAACCUUCGCCGUCUUCCAACAAGAUCAUCAAUAUGACAGCGCCCACGGUGCUCCCUAUGGAACCUGUUCCGCAUACAAGUGUACUGCGCCUACCAAGUCGGAGUUGAAGGCCGGAGCCGAUUACUGGACCUUUUACUGGGGAAGUGAGGGAACGAGCAAAGGAGUGGGAACAACUUGUAUCAAGAGUCCCGUGGAUGGUACAUGUGGGUGUGAGAACUCGACUGGAAAGUUUGUUUAUGGCGGAAAGAACUGUGUUUAAAGAGAUAGAGAUGUAUGGGAGAAGGUGAAGGGGAAGAAGGAGCGGAGGACUUGAGGAAUGUGGUUGAGGGGAUGAAGAGGUGAAGAAGGGGUUUGUUUGCUUAGCUUUGUAUAUAUUUUAUUCACGCACCGACAAUGAAUUUUCUCCAUGCUUACUCGAUACGCGAAUUUCUCUAUUUGUUAUCCUCGUGCUACCCAUCACCUCACACUCUCCAUCCACAAUGCGAUCACGCGUUUUCCAAACCCAUAUGUCUCACUCCUCACCCUCUCAUUCGAUUCGAUAUGCAUCCCGGCCCCACUUCCCACCACAUCCACAUCAUCACCGCUAGAACGAAAUCCUCCAACGCACGCACGCACGAACAGCGUGGAACGCCGAAUUGGCGUUUGUUGCAUAUCUGCAGGAUACCACCUUCUUUUGUGAGUUUC